AUGGCGAGGAGGUUUGUUUUGAAGGUGUAUGUAUCUGCUAAGCACAUGACGGCGAAUGUGGUGGAUUGGAAUCAUAAGAGGGUGGUGGCGAGUGCAUCCACCGUGGAGAAAUCGAUAAGCGACGCGUUCGAACUGGGGAAGAAUUGUGACAAGAAAGCGGCGGGUUGUGUUGGUGAGGUGUUGGCGAUGAGGCUGAAGACGGAGGAGCCGGAGAUUGGAGUUGGAGGUGGGGUUUACAUGGAUGUUGAGAAGGAGAUUGAGAAGAAAAGUGUGGAUACUGGAGUAGAGGUUUGGACGGUUGUUGAUGCUUUGAGGAGAAGAGGCGUUAAGGUCUUCGUCGACAAUGAGCACAGUGUAGUAAGGUUAAAAUCGUAA